AUUCCCAUCCCACACACACAAAACCAAUUUAAUCUCAAAAUUAAAAUAAAAACUCUCUCUCUCUCUCUCUCUCUCUCUCUACCCCCUUUAUUUCCUUUCCUUGUGUUAUAUGCCAACCCAGAAACUGAGCUGCCUUUCCUUCCUCUCAUCAGUUUUCCUCAGCCAAAACCUCCUCACAAACACCGCCACACAAAACAGAAGCUAUAUAUAUAUAUAUAUAUACAUAUAGAGAGAGAGAGAGAGAGAGAGAAGCAGAAGAAUUAGUAGUGGCAUAAGAUGGGCACAACAAGCCCAUUCAAAGACCACCACCAAUCUCAUUCCCUCACCAAGAAGUUCUUACCUUGGGCCAUCUAUUCUCUCUUUCCCAUAGCCCUCCUUCGCUUAUACUUUUACCCUCUAAACUUCCCUAAUUUAUCUUCCACAGAUCAGCUUCCCAACACCUCUCCCAUUACAAUCACAUCUUCCAUAAUCUCCAAUCCCCCUCCAUUAAUCUCACCUCAAGAAAAUGGAAGAGCUAGAUCAUACGAAUCUCCUCCAUCAUGUGACUACACAAGCGGCAAAUGGGUCCAUGAAAAGCAGGGUCCUCUGUACAAUGGGACAACUUGUGGGACGAUCAAGGAAGGCCAGAAUUGCAUUGCCCAUGGAAGGCCAGAUUUUGAGUAUCUUUAUUGGAGGUGGCACCCAAACCAAUGCAAAAUUCCGAGGUUUGACCCCAACACUUUUCUCCAACUCAUUACCAACAAACAUGUUGCUUUUGUCGGUGACUCCAUGGCCAGGAACCAACUUGAGUCACUCCUUUGCAUGCUAGCCACACUCUCCGCUCCUAAUCUCGUUUACACAAACGGUGAAGAUAACAAAUUUCGUCGUUGGAAUUUCCCUUCCCACAAUGCGAAUGUCUCAAUUUAUUGGUCUCCUUUUCUCGUCCACGGCGUUGAGAAAUCAAACGACGGUCCAAAUCACAACAAGCUUUACUUGGACACAGUUGAUGAGAGAUGGGCAAAGGAUUUGGAUAAGAUGGACCAGAUUGUGUUGUCCAUUGGUCAUUGGUUCUUGCACCCUGCAGUGUAUUUUGAGCGUGACGAUUCGGUUUUGGGGUGUCAUUAUUGUCCGGGCCUAAAUUAUACCGAGAUUGGAUUUUAUGAUGUUUUGAGGAAGGCAUUGAAGACUGCGCUAAGCGCAAUAAGAGAAAGGAGGGAAGCUGGUCGGAAGGCGAUCGAUGCGGUGGUGACGACGUUUUCGCCGUCGCAUUUCGAGGGCGAGUGGGACAAGGCCGGGGCGUGCCCGAAAACAAGGCCUUACGAGGAAGGGGAGAAAUUGCUUGAAGGAAUGGAUGCGGAUAUGAGGAAGAUUGAGGUUGAAGAAGUUGAAUUGGCUAAGGAAAAGGGUGAACGUUUUUUUAGGUUAGAGGCUUUGGACGUGACUAAAUUGUCGUUAAUGAGGCCUGAUGGUCACCCGGGGCCUUAUAUGCACCCAUUCCCACUUGGUAAUGGUGUUAAUGAGAGAGUACAAAAUGAUUGUGUUCAUUGGUGCUUGCCGGGGCCUAUUGACACAUGGAAUGAAAUUCUCUUGGAGAUUAUGAAAAAAUGGGAUCUGGGUCAAUUUAGAAGAGAAGAAUGAGACCAAGUUUUCAUGAUUACAAUGGUCAAGAAUUCGGUGGGUUUGUUUAUUUUUUGAAUGUUAUUCUCAGUAAAGUUGGUGGAUGUUGUUAUUGGUCUGCAAAGAUGAGCACGGGAAAAGGGAGGAUAACGAUUGGUUGGUUUUUCUUUUUAUUUUUUUAUUUAUAUUAUUAUUUUAUAAUGGGGUUCUGCUCAAGAGAAAUGGAGAGGUGUUGGAAGUUUGGGUAGAAAAGAAAAAAAAAAAAAAGUGGUGAGGAAAUUACUGACAAGGAGAUUAAUGGUGCCAAACUAGUUUUGGUUUUUGGUAGAUUUGAUCAGUGAAGGAUACAAAUGCUUUGCAUAUGAAAUCGUACAGAGAAUUUGUAUAGCUUUCUUGUCAUUUUCUGUUGUUUUUUUUGUGAGUCCGGAAUACUUAUGUAAAGAUAUUUAUAUGCCUCGUUUCCUGCAAUUUGC